AUGACGCAGGGCGAGAAACAGGUGUUCAGCGAGCUGCUGGAGCAGAUCGGCGUGCGGCCGGAUGCACCAUCCCCGCCGGCGGACGCAGACACUCAGCCCGACCCGUCUCCCACCCCGCACGCGUCCUCGCUGAGCGACGCAGACCGCUCCGAGAUGGCGCAGAUUUCGGCGAUUUUCGACUCCGUGCUGAAGGAUAUGAAGCGGCGGAGGGGGCGGGCUGCGUCCAAGACAGUAGAUGCGGCUGCGGCUGCGGCUGCGGCUGCGUCCGCGGACGAGGCCGCAGCCACGACGGGGCUCCCGCCCGGCGAGGAUGCAGACACAGACGCAGACAUCGGCCACGCCUUGCAGGAGAAGCAGGUGUCGACGGAGCGGGCGAUCGAGCUGGUGGUGCAGCGCGAGGCGGGCAAGAUCGAGGCGGCGCUGCGGGCGGCGGUUGAGUCCGGGGCAGGCGACACGGCGAUCUGGGCGGUGUGCAAGCAACGGAUCUUCUCGAUGCUGCGGCAUCUCGACUCGGCGGAGGUGUCAGCCCUACCGAUAUCUGAUGCGUCCGCCGACGACGGCGAGAGCGAGACGUUGACGGUGCCUCCGGGCGUGCCGCACGAGCCAGUGGUCGUGGCGCUGUACCCGCAGAUGCUGCUGGUGGCGUUCCGGCUGCUGAACCUGCAUUAUCCGGGGUCGCCGCUGAUCGCACAGUUCCGGGCGACGAUCAAGGCGCACGGGCGGGCGUCGGCGGUGCUGGGCAGCUCGACGGGGCUGUACAACGAGCUGAUCUACUUUGCGUGGCGCGGGGCGCAUGACCUCCCCGGGGUGGUGGCGCUGCUGCAGGAGAUGGAGGUGACGGGGGUGGAGGGCGAUGGGCGCACGUGCGCGCUGCUGGAUGGGAUUGCGCGGCAGCGGGAGCGGGAUCUGACGGAGCAUCGGCGGCGGGUGCGCGCGGAGCCGGGCGGUGGAGCGGCGCGCGAGCCCUGGUGGGAUCUGGCGCCGAACCGGCGCGCGACCGACGGCGGUGGUUCCCAUGAAGCCGAGACACUGCUUGAUGCCGGCGAGCUUGUCGCCGACGGCCUUGGUAUCGGCGAUGCGACGGGCGACAAAGGCCUCGGUGGCGACGAGAUCGGCGGCGUCGCGGGUCAUGUAGAGGUCCGCGGCGGCGUAGACAGCAGCGACGGAGAGCCGCUUGGUGUACCAGGCGGCGUCGACGGAAUUGUCACCGGCGAGGUAGAGAAUGUCGGAGGCGAGGGCGUGAAGUUCGGAGAGGGAGAGGGGGAUAUUUCCGGCGAGGGACAUGACAGCGAGGGCCUGCGGAUUGAUUAG